AUGACGCCCUCCCUCCAGUCCAUCCCAACAACCGCCCAGCUGCAGGCAAUAUGGAACAAGCACACGCACGCCGCGCCAGCCCACAACGCAUCGACAACGCACCCCGUCUUCUUCACCGAGAGACUGCGGAAGCCAUCCGUCGGCUCAGCGAUUCCAUCUCCAGUUGCGGGAUUCAGUCCCGUGGCGCAUGGCUAUGUCUACCAGGAGACGCGGAGUGGCGCAAAUGCGCCCAAGUUGUGA